AUGCCAGUAGAGUUGGUCUUUGAUCUUCUCGCCUCUGGUGAACAUGGCAUCUCGGACACUGAGGCGCUCGCCCGGCGACGCAUCCACGGCCGCAAUGCUGUAUCCUCUCAAAGACCUCCGUCAGGCUUCAUGCUUUUUCUGUCCAUCAUUCCAAACCCGUUCAACAUUUUGCUGGUUUUCCUGGCCAUCAUCAAUGCUGCAAUGCCACCUCCAAACUGGGUGAGAUUCGCCGUUCUAAUGAUUAUGGUCUUGAUCUCGUGCGUUGUGCGGUUCUGGCAAGAGUACCAGAGCGGCAUGGCCGUCUUUCGACUUCAGUCAUCCAUCACGAGCAAGUUCAGGGUCCGUCGACCCUCAUGCAACUCGACCUCGACCGAUAAACAAACGAACUCAUUGAAUGAGACAACUGUCGCCGGAGGUGAUCUUGUUCCUGGAGAUGUGGUCAUGCUUGUGCCAGGUGCCGUGGUUCCCGCCGACUGCCUGAUCCUGGAAUCGUCCUUUCUGAGAAUCAGCCAGUCCACCUGGACGGGCGAAAGCGAGCCCGUGCUCAAGGUCACAGCUUCCAAUGACUUGAAAGAAGAGUUCUCUCUUUUCGAUCUUGGUAAUCUGGCCCUGAUGGGCACUAGCGUUGUGUCUGGUCAUGGUGCAGGACUUGUGCUUCGAACGGGCGACGAUGUACUGAUAGCAACCAUGACCAAAGAGAUCGAAAAGAAGCGACAGCCCAAUUCCUUCCAAAAGGGAAUCCGUAAUGUUACGUGGAUGCUCAUUGGGUUCAUGGUGGUCAUGGUCCCUAUUGUCUUGUGCAUUUCGGGCAAAACCACGGGUGAUUGGGCCAAUGCCGCACUCUUUAGCAUCAGCGUCGCCGUCGGCCUUGUCCCAGAAAUGCUGCCUGCUAUCGUCAAUGCGAAUCUCGCCCGGGGCGCCCGCCAGUUGUCUAAGAAACGGGCGAUUGUAAAGCGUCUCGAUUGCGUCCAGAAUCUCGGAGCUAUGACGGUUCUAUGCAGUGACAAGACAGGAACUUUGACCAGGGACGAGCUCUCGGUACAUCAAUACACGGACGUCAUGGGAGAAGACAGCCUGGGAGUCAUUGAGCUUGCCAAAGUGGAUUCGUCAAUCCAAGGAGACAGUGGCAAUAACAUGGACAGGGCCAUUCUCAACUGUCAACUGCCAGACGGAGGCGAGAUCCCCGUGGCCCAUUACGACAAAGUCCAAGCUAUCCCGUUUGACUUUGAGCGUCGUCGAUCGGGAUGCAUCGUCCGUGGCAUUACUGGUGACAAUCUCUUCAUCGUCAAGGGUGCAUUCGAUGAGGUUCUCUCUCUGUGCUCAUCCAUGCGAUUUCGCGGGAAGAGCGAACACCUCGAUCAUGAAGUACGACGGCAACUCAGCCAGCGGGCUACGCGCAUGAACGAACAUGGGCACCGGGUUAUUCUAGUGGCGACUAGAAAUCUUGGUAAGCCUCGACUGGUCGACGAUCUUGAGCUUGGCACACUCGAGAUAGGCAUGACUGUGGAAGGCAUCAUCAGCUUUGUCGAUCCACCCAAAGACGACGCGAAGGACGCUGUCGCCAGGCUGACGGGGCUGGGAGUCCGCGUCAAGGUCCUCACGGGCGACUCUCUACCCGUAGCCCUCAACGUUUGCGGCUCUCUCGAACUCAUCCAGCGUGGAGACGCCAUAGAGGAGGAUGCGGAGGCCAUCACUGGACCCGAUCUUGCAGCUCUGGAAGGGUCCGACGAGUUUGACCUUGCCGUGGAGAGGUGCACUGUAUUUGCCAAGGUGACACCCAAGCAGAAGAGCAUGAUUGUGACCAGUCUCCAGAAAGCAGGUCAUUGCGUGGGCAUGCUUGGUGACGGUAUCAACGACUGCAUCGCCCUUCGAGAUGCCGACGUUGGCAUCUCGGUCGACUCGGGAGCCGGCGUGGCAAAGGACUGCGCGGAUUUGAUCUUGACUGAAAAGGGGCUCUCGAUUAUAGUCCAAAGCGUCACCCUCGGGAGAAUUACACAUGGCAACACAAUCAAGUACCUCAAGAUGGUCGCAUCCUCUAAUUUUGGCAACGUCUUCAGCAUUGUGGCGGCGAGCGCCUGGCUGCCCUUUACACCGAUGAUGAGCAUCCAGCUUCUCGCUCAGAAUCUUCUGUACGAUAUUAGCCAGAUCGCCAUUCCUUGGGACAGGGUUGAUGAUGAGUAUCUGCGAGAGCCAAGAAGAUGGAACGCUAUGGACAUUUUCAGAUUUGUCGUCGUUCUCGGCCCAACCAGCUCUGUCAUCGACAUUUGCACGUAUCUUCUAGGCUGGUUUUACUACGGCAUCAAGUCUACCACCGACAAGCAAGCUGUCAAGCUGUUUCAGACACACUGGUUUCUACAGGGCCUCCUCACUCAGACUCUCAUCGUUCACCUCCUCCGCACGGCAAAGAUCCCAUUUGUCCAGAGCCGCGCUGCCCCGAUCCUCGUCUUCUCGACUGCAUCUAUCAUGGCCAUCGGCUUUGUCCUGCCCUGGGUUCCAGUAUUCCGACCUGCCUUUAGCUUCGCCCAGCCAGCGCCGUCUUUUGUCGGGUUCCUUGCGGCUGAGCUUCUGGCUUACGCCAUCGAGGUUCAGUUGGUCAAGAUGCUUUACAUUCGGAUUUUUGGUACAUGGCUGUGA